AUGCCAGGCGUCUACGGAGGAGACGAGAUCAAUGCGCUCGUCAUCGAUGCCGGUCACUCUUCCAGUCGAGUCGGGUGGGCGGGCGAGGAUGCACCUCGAGUCGUCGUCCCCUCGUACUACGGUCACACAUCCAUUAGCGAUGAGAGCAUCGCCGAGCUCGAAUCGCAAGCGGCUCUUCUCGCCUCUUCAUCUUCCACCGCCGCUGCGCCUGCUGAUGGCGACGAGGCCAUGGCGGACGGGGAAGCCGCCUCGACAUCCAACGGCGCCGGCGACGCUGCAACCGAAGAAGCAUCCGAUCACCGACUCAAGCAGUCGCGCGCCAAAGCCGCCAACAAAGCGCUGCGUUUCUCCGUCGAUCGCGAAAAGAAGCGCCGCCGCUACGUAGGCGAUAACGACCUCAACCUCUACCGCUCUUCCUUUGACAUCUCUCCGAUCUUUGACGACGAUGGCAUUCUCUCGGACGCCUCGGCGUUUGCGCAGCUGUGCUCGUUCGGGCUGGACUCGCUCUCGUGCGAUGCGCGGGAGCACCCUCUGUUGCUGACCGAGCCGGCGUGGAACGCGCGCGAGUCGCGCGAGAAGCUCACCGAGCUGGCCUUCGAGACGCUCGGCAGCCCCGCGUUCUAUUUGGCCAACCGGAGCGUGCUGAGCAGCUUCGCGGCGGGCAAGCCGAGCAGCUUGGUUAUUGAUGUGGGCAGCACUAGCGUCUCAACCAUCCCCAUCGUCGAUGGGUUCAUCCUCCGCAAGGGCAUUCACAGGCACAACAACGGCGGUGACGCCAUCAACCGCGCACUGCUAUACAGCCUGCAUCACGGGCGAGGCACGACGUUCGGCGGAGUCACACCGCAGUAUCUGCUCAAGAGCCGGUCCGCCGUCGACCCGGGCGCAGCGGCAAACGCAGUGUUGAGGCAAGACCGCGUCGAUGGUGCCACUUCUUCCUUCAGGAACUACCACGUCAACCGCGUAGUCAACGAUUUUAAGGAGAGCGUAGCGCAGGUGCUCGAGGUGCCGUGGGACGACCAGCAGGCGCAGUUCCGCUCUGGGCGAAUGUACGAGUUCCCGGAUGGCUACAACGACGCUUUUGGUGUGGAACGUCUUCGGGCGCCCGAGGUGCUUUUCACUCCGACGUUGUGGUCCGGUGUCUCUUCGCCGGAAAGCGGGGCUGUCCUACACCCUUCCUCCACUCCUUCGACGGAGAACGGUGCGGGAGCCGAGAGCGUGGCGGGGGGCAAAGCAGCCGUGGGACUCGCCGACAUGGUGCUUUCCUCGAUCAAUGCCGUGGAUGUCGACUCGCGCCCCUCGCUGUUCGGCAACAUCGUCCUCGUCGGCGGCUCCUCCCUGCUGCCCGGCCUCAGCGACAGGUUGAGCUACGAACUCGGCGUCAGAGCGCCCAAUCAGAAGGUCAAGAUUCACUCUCCAGGUAACACCACCGAGCGCAGACACUCGUCCUGGCUCGGAGGCAGUAUCCUGGCUAGUCUGGGCACGUUUCACCAGCUCUGGAUCUCAAAGCAGGAGUACGAUGAGCACGGAGCAGCCAUUGUUCACGCCCGCUGCAAGUAG